AUGAAUCCUCCUUCAAACGCCCCCGCUCUCCUUCCGGGGGCCUCCUCCCCCUCCCUGGCGCUGCCUCCCCUCCCCCGCUCCGGAGCCCACCCUGCUCGGGGUCGCCGCUCCGGCCCCACCCCCUCGGGAGCCCCAGCCGUCUCCCGUGAACAGCUCCCGGGUUCCCGCGGCGCUGCCCAAUGGGCCUGGGAUCCCCGGCGGAGGCUCGGUGGCUUCCGCGGCGAGGCUGGGCCCGGGGAUUCUGAGGCCGCCGCCACUGCCCGGCCUUCACCACACCCCCUCGUCGUCGUCCUCGCGUCCCGUCCCGCGGGCUCAGGCCCGCUCCGCGGCGGCCUCUCCCACGCCCCGCCUGCUCGCUCCCGCCGCCACCGCCUCCCCCGGGCCUGGGCUCCGGCUCCCCGCCCCCGCCCCCACCCGUGGGCCCCGAGGGAGGGCUCGUGCACCGCCCGCCGAGCCUCGCCCGGAUCAGGCCUCCCCUUCCUACCUCCAGAAGGCCGCUCGCUCCGGCCGGGGCUGCGCGGGGCGCGAGCGGGGUCAGCGACGCCAGGCCCGAGCCUGGCGGCCGCUUCCCAUGAAGCCCCGGCCGCGUCUGCCGUAGGGGCCGCGUCUGCCGCGGGGGCCGCUUGCGAAGGCCCCGCUCAGCCGCGGGAACGACGAGCCGUCGGGGCCGUCUGGCCGCAGACUUCGCGGCGGCGCUUCCUCGCCUGGGGCUCCCGAUCCAUAGCGCACAGUUCCAAGGCGGCCUCUGACUUCCAGGACCCAGCGGCGGCUGCGGCGGCCGCAGACCCACAUGAAACGCGCACUCCCAUUGGCCCGCCGUGUCCGCCGACGCGAUUGGCCCGCCGGACGGAGCACAAGAGACUGCGUACGUCACGCCGUCGGGGAGGAAGUGCGCUAAUAGGGGGCAAAGGGGCGGGAGUGGGGAAAUGGGCAUACCCUCCCCUCCCCCAGAGGACAGACAGAAGGCGGGACAAAAAGGCACUAUUGGUCGCGGCUGUUUUCGACGAUGCCGGAAAUGAUCGGGAGAGCAGCACAGGGCUCCAGUUGAAGCGGAGGAGCUCUCGAGCGGAACUCCCUGAGAUUCUCGUCUCCUUGGCCCUACACGGCCUGACCUGGCUUGGGCUAUGGCUCGACCUCCCUUGCUCCUGUUCCGAGGGCCGAGCGCCCAAUCCCGCUAGGGUCACGGCGGGCCUUGUCCUUGCAUUAUCCCCGGGUGGCCUCCGGGGAGCCCAGCCCAGGCCCGGCCCUUCCUGGCGGGAGGAGCGUCCUUGGAUCCCGCCGCGUAAACACGGGGCUCAGGGAGCCGCCCCUGACGCGGCUCGCCCGCCGCCCCACCCCCGCCAGUGCCGAAGCGCGGGGCCAGGCCUGCCCUGGACUAGGAGACUAUUUGGGGCUCCCCUCUGAAGGGUUUCCUUUACAAUCCCGUGCAUUUUCAUUUUAAAAAAUAUUUUUAAACUACCCGGCGUGGGGUCUGGUGCUCACAGCCAAAAGUUAAAGACCCUCUGCUUUUUAGAUCUCCGAAAGCCUUCAGAAAUGGGAGCUUUAGCCUCUUCUCUCAUCUCUCUUAAAAAUCGCCCUUCGCAACAUAGAGUGGGGUCUCAAUAAGUGCUCGUUGGCCAAAAGGUCCCUUAAAGGGAAAGAGCUGCCAUCCAGACUUCCUCUCGGGCCCUAGCUCUAGCCGAAGUCCCUGGUGCACUUCAAUGUUGGUUGUUUUAAAGAAAUAUUAGUGCUCUGAAAACGCUUCCCCACAAUCCUGAAAGGGAAAGAGUAGUACAAAUAAUAUGAUGAAAAACUAGAAUUGGUGUUACUGGGCAGUGACUUGCCUAGGAAUCGUUCCAACAUUUAAGUGGCCACUUGGGAGGGAUGCUGAGUCAAAAAAGGAAGAAAAGGAACAGACGAAUGAGCGGGGAGGGCGAAGGUGUGGCCGAAGGUAAAGGAAUACACCGCUUGAGCUCGGUUAUUUGAACCUUAGAGAAUAGUAACUACUGGGAGCCAAGGAAAGCUUCCUGUAGGAGAUGACCCCGGCUUGAUUGAAGAAGGCUAAGAAGGAAUACGUGCAGAACCUUGGGCACAAACGCUGAAAAAUGGAGUACCCGAAGGACAGCAAUGGGCAAUUAAACUUGGUUAGGAGGUUGGGACAAAAUGAUGAAGAGCCUUAGAUACUAAAUAGAGUUGGAACCAGAACCCCAAGCAUAGGAGCCUCCUGCUCUUUCCAAUUAUACUAGCUUUGAAUAUUAGAUGAGGAGAAGGCAACUGGAGAAACUGGCCUGAUAAAAAGACAAUAGAAAACCUUUCCCUUACCCCCAAAAUACCAUUUACUCUAGAACCCAAGCAUAGAGCUGUAUCCCACUUCUUCUAAAUGCUGAGUAUUCUACCCAGCUCCUUCCUCUCCCCCCUCCCAAUCUUGUACACGUGAAGGACUUAGAAGAAGGUCAUGUGUCCUAGGAUGGAUUGCACUGGCUGCCAGUCUGUUUAGAGGUUAUAUGAUUAUAAGAUUUUAAUAUUGAAAGACUUUACAUCAGGUAACCUACUCCCAACCCCCGUUUUACAGAUGACAAAACUUUGAGCAAAGUAAUUACUAUUUACUAGUUACCUCCCUUCUUUGUGUGAAUAUCAAUGAAUAGACUAACCUCUCUUGGCUUCAGAGUUUCCAUAUAAAUAACACAAGUUGUGACAUGCUCUGUGUGUAUAAAUUUUUCAUUUAACUUAUUGACAAUAUACAUAAUGAAAGAUCAUAGGUUCUUCAUAACCUUUCACCAUGCAAAAAACAUCCAGUUAUAAGUAUGAAUAAAGUAUGAAUUGGAGACUGCUGUGUGAUGCAUAAGACAAUUCCCUAGACAUGGAUUCAGAAAGCUCUGACUUGAAAUCUGACCUCAGACCCUUUGAUAGCUGAACAAGUUAGGUCUCUGUCACUGGCCUAAGUUUUCUCAAUUGCUUCCUACAAUUGGGAGAAUCAAAUGAAAUUAUAUUCUAAAGUGAUUUACAAAAAUGUUAUCUAGUUGCUAGAUAUAUCUAUUCAAGCAAAUUUCAAAAUCUAUAAAGUCAACUGAAUUAAACAAGCACUAAUUAAGCACUGAAGUUCUAGACACUGUAGCUUCCUGCCCUCAAGGAGCUCUCAUUCUGAGGAAAGCCAAAAGUAAAUUCACACCAACAAAAUACUUGGUUAGGGAAUGGAAAGUAAAACUAACCUCAGAGAUUAGGUGAAGACCAGAAAAGGCCUCUUACAGAAAUUACCUUCUUGAGCAGAGUCUUGAAAGAAUUAUUCAGAAGCAAUACCCUUCACUUAUGUAAUAUAAACGCAAGGCUUUGAAAAUAAAAAUUAAACUCAUGUUAAGAGACAAGUAAAGAAUGUGCUUUUUAUUUUACUCAAAGACAUAUUUAGAAUGGAAAGGAAGGAGUAUUCAGGAGUCUUAGAAUCAGGACUAUGUGUCAUCCAGUCCAAUAUCUUCAUUUAAAUAUGAUCAAACUAAAACGCAGGUUAAGCAAUUUGCCCAAACUCACACAAAGCCCCCAAACUUAAAAUCCAGCUGAUAAUGACUCAGCUCUCUCUCCCUCCCCAGAGAGUGCUGACUUAAGGAAAUCCUCCACUUCAGGGGGUACAUCCUCUAAGAAAGAUUAAUGGAGACACACAGGAAUGUGUAUCCUCAGGAAUGAAGUGAUCUAUAUCUCAAAAGGGAAUAUAGACAAUGAUAAGUCGUGGAAUAAUAAAGAGUUGUAGGCUUUAAAAACAUUCUUUUCAGGUUGGAUUAAAAUAGAACAAAGUAUUAAGUAAUCCUAAAUCCUGUAAGCAAUUUCAUAAAUCCCAGUCAAAACUUGUGUUCAUUGGAAAGAAUUGUAUGUUUAUCUAAAGAAGGGCAGAGGAAGUGGAGAAAAAGAAGGUAAGUGGGGAAGAGGCCCCCACUUCCAUUAUUUGGUUCAAUUCAACAAGCCAGGCUGUUGGGACACAAAAAAACUACAACAGAUCAUUUCUGGAUACUGCCUGCCUGCUGUUCAAGGCUCCUCCCACAAGAAAAAGUGAUUCCCACCUUCUGGUAAUCUUAAAAAAGCUUGAGGAUAAAACACUUUUGCCUACUUGCACCAAACAAGUAACAAUUUUAGAUAAGUGAGUGGAAAAAAUGCUAAUUGGAUUCAUUUUAAUUCCAUUGUUUUUCACUGGGGGUAUAAUGGCAACCACUAAACAAUUUCCAAAGUAGUGACAGCUUUGUUUUUGCAUGUUUUUCUUUUGACUGAGAAGGGUGGAGGUGGGGAAAGAAUAUGAGGAAAUGUUCCUGGUAUUAAAAAAAAAAAAAAAAAUGACAGCAAUAAAACUUUUUUUUUUUACUUUAAUGGACUGGGAAGUUUGUUGAACUUAUUUACAAUGUUACUCAGAAUGAAAUAAGUACAUGUUACAGUUAGAGCAUUUUAAGUUAUUUAUACCCUCUUCCAAGCCAUGUAUGAAACCAUUCAAUAAACUAACAUUUAUUAAACACCCAA